AUGCACGUUCAAUGCCGUCGACGUCAACACCUCCUUCUCCUCCCUUCCUCCCCUCCCGCGAUUCGUUCUUCCCGCGCCGUCCCCCUCGCCCUUGGCCCGGUCCCGCCUGUCAGGCACCACACAGGCCCGACACACCACAUUCUCCAGCAAGGCUACUACAUUGAUCAUAUCCCCCUCCACCGCCGCUUGACCCACCCAGGUCUCUGUAUUCAGGGCUGGGAGCCGGCCUGGGACCUCCUCCUCCUCCACCUCCUCCCAUCUCCCUUCCUCCUCAUCCUCCCCGUCCCCUCCUUCAUUGUUUAUUCUACCGGCCUCAUUCCUCCCGGUAUGCGGGCCAAGAGACCCACGCUUUCUCCGUGUCAUAUGCGCGAACGUCCCCAGGAGCAACAAAAGGUCGAAUUUUGGAUCUUCCACCUCCAUCCCGUCUUCCAAAUCCAUCCCUUCCUCGCCCGCGCCACACCUGCUUUCACGGGACGAAGCAUUCCCGGACGCAGUGAAAACCGACCUCCAGGUAUGCACCCGAGACUUGGCACGUUCACAGGAUGCAUUUUGCACGACUUUCCAGGCCGUCAGGGCCAUGGCUGUGUCGAAGGUGGGGGAGGCGACAACCAACAGGCGCAAGGUGACAGGAGCUCGGAGCCCCUCGGGGCGGGGUCCGGGGGAAGCGCAUGGCAUUUCUUUUAUGCCAUUGGCAUGUUCUCACCUCUACUUAUUGGUCGGAAAAGAGAUCAAAUUGUUGGGUAG